AUGCGCCAGCCGCGGCGAGGCGCCCGCCAGGGCCUCGCCGUCCUCGCGCUCGCCCUCGCCCUCGCCCUGGCUCCCCGCGGCGCGGACGCGUCCAUCCACGACUACUCCGGCGGCGCCUUCGCGCCGCGCGCCAACUCCUUCUUCUUCCACGGCGGCAGCGAGGGCCUCUACGCCUCCGACCCCUCCUCCAACUCCACCACCUCCUUCAUCAGGUUUGACAUUGUUACAUUUCGACGGACCCAGGAGUCAGCAGCCAGGCAUGAAGAAAUGCAGCAAAAGACAGGAUUAGUAGAGGCAAUUAUCGUUGAGAUCCAGGACAGAGACAAGAUCGGGGGCUCUUACUUGCACUCUGAUGCAAUAUGCUGUACCCCUGAGCUUGACAAAGAGAAGUCUUGCAAAGUGGGUGAAGUUAUUAUACGGCCUAAUCCUGAUAAUCCAGACUGGCCAAAAAGGAUUCAGACAUUCUUUGAUGGUACAAGGGAAGAAACCUCUAUGGGAACACAGAGUGUGUCUAUAAACAAAACAGGGAUGUACUAUCUCUACUUUAUGUUCUGUGAUCCUCAACUCCAGGGAUUGAAGAUUACAGGCAGGACAGUUUGGCGGAACCCUCAUGGUUACAUCCCUGGUAAAAUGGCCCCAAUGAUGGCAUUCUUUGGUUUCAUGUCGCUUGCGUAUCUUGUGCUUGGACUUCUAUGGUUUCUUCAGUUCGUGCGAUAUUGGAAGGAUAUUCUGCAGCUGCAUUACCAUAUAACAGCUGUUAUUGCUCUUGGCAUGUGCGAAAUGGCUUUCUGGUACUUUGAGUAUGCUAACUUCAAUUCAACUGGAACCAGACCUAUGGGCAUAACCUUGUGGGCAGUUACAUUUACUGCUGUGAAGAAGACCGUGUCUCGCCUGCUUCUGUUAGUAGUUUCAAUGGGCUAUGGUGUUGUUCGACCCACAUUGGGUGGGAUUACAUACAAAGUUGCUGCUCUUGGUAUUGUUUAUUUUAUUGCUUCAGAAGCUCUUGAACUUGUUGAGAAUCUGGGAAACAUCAAUGACUUCUCUGGGAAAACGAGAUUAUUCCUGGUCUUACCUGUUGCCAUACUUGAUGCUACCUUCAUCAUCUGGAUAUUUUCAUCCCUGUCUAGAACUUUGGAGAAACUGCAGCUGCGGAGAAGCAUGGCCAAACUUGAAUUAUAUCGGAAGUUCACAAAUUAUCUAGCUAUGUCGGUGCUUAUCUCAAUUGCUUGGAUUGGCUAUGAGCUGUAUUUCAAUGCAACCGAUCCAUUAAGUGAGCUCUGGCGAAGGGCUUGGGUCAUCCCUUCUUUCUGGAAUGUCCUCUCAUAUGUCCUCCUUGCCAUCAUAUGUGCACUUUGGUCGCCAUCUCGUAAUCCAACAGGAUUUGCAUAUUCAGAGGAUACAGGUGAUGAGGCUGACGAGGAAGGACUCUCUCUUGUGGGCAGUGCUGUUAAAGGAACCGGAGAUAUGGUGAAUAUGCAUGUGUUUCCUGAGGAUAAACGUGCAUGAGAAGUAAUUGACUUGGUGCAGCUGUACUCCUGGUGGAAUGCUAUGUGAAGUACUCUAGUACUGUUCUCCUCUGGAUUCACGGCUAGCUGAUAUCUUUUAUAGUGUGAGCGUGGUUCCCGAUGUACAGGUGGUGACUUGGUUUUGAAGGAUUUGACUUCCACAGAAUUUUAUCCGCCCCCCAGUGAUGACUAGCCAUACAAUGAUACAAAGAAGUCGCGGAAUAAAUUACGGUUUGAGAGCGUAGAGGAGUUGCUUAUGGGCUUAUUGCAGUUCUUGAGGUGGCGUGUAGACUGGUAGACUGGUAGAAGCCUACCCUGUUGAACGUUUGACUGUAUCAUCCUCACUUCGCAUGGAUCCCAAUGAUGACGCGGCAUUGGCUUAUUGUAUUUAUUAUAUGUAUGCUUAUAGAACGAAUUAGUCACCAUAUAAUGAUAUAUAUUCAUGGUUUCCAA